AUGGCCUGCUUUGCUUUGGAAACUCUGGGUCUACUGCUUGGAAUCAUUGGGGCGUUUGGAACUUUUGCUGUCACCCUGACGCCCCAGUGGAAAGUAACUGCCAACAUUGGAGGGAACAUUCUUAUCUCUGAAAUUCAUUGGGAAGGCCUGUGGAUGAGUUGCAUCAGGCGUAUGGGUGGUACAUUAGUGUGCUUAAACCACUUGUCACCACUGGCUCUCGAAACUUAUCUAGGAGUUUCCAGAGCACUUAUGUGCACAGCAUGCGUGUUAUCUGUUAUUGCCUUUCUGAUUGCAGUGCCUGGCAUGAAGUGUUUCAAAUAUCUUGGCAAUAAUGAGAAAAUCAAGAGCAAGAUUUUGUUGACUGCUGGAAUCAUUUUUAUUUUGACUGGGAUUAUUGUGCUCAUUCCUAUUUCCUGGUUUACCAACAAUAUCAUCAAGGACUUUUAUGAUAAAGCAAUCCCGGAUACUCAGAAAUAUGAACUGGGAGAAGCCAUCUAUUUAGGCUGGGUAACCCCAGCAUUCCUGAUCCCUGGAGGAGGCAUUUUAUGUAGCUUCUGUCGCCAUGCAAAGAAGUCCAAAGGAUAUUCCUCACCAUCCAGUGACAGAGUGCACAAACUUGAGCAUGUCAUGAGGAAGCCUUCAUCAGCGCACUCCUAUGUUUGA